UCUCUUUGCUGCGUGCUUUGCCAUGGAAAACUUUUACUCUUACCUUGCUUUCUUCCUCUCUGUUUUUUUCAUCAUCAUCAUCAAACUUGUAAACUCCCACAACCAAAAACUACCACCGUCUCCAUUUUCUCUGCCGAUAAUCGGCCAUGCCCAGCUCCUUAAACAACCGCUCUACCAAACGCUGGACACCCUGUCGUUGCAGUACGGUUCAAUACUUUACCUUAAAUUGGGUUCCCGGUCUAUCCUCGUACUACCUUCUCCAUCCCUUGUCGAAGAAUGCUUCACCAAGAAUGACAUAAUAUUUGCAAAUCGCCCCCGCACAAUGGCAGGGGAUCAUUUCACUUACAACUCGACUGCUCCCGUCUGGGCCCCAUAUGGCCACAUGUGGCGGAACCUCCGGCGCAUCUUGGCCGUUGAGAUCUUCUCUCAGAUGAAUCUCCAGAAGUCUUCCGUCGUCCGACAAGAAGAAGUUCACUCCCUUCUUCGCCAAAUAUACAGAGCCUCAAACAGAGGACCCCAAAGGUUGGAGUUAAGGUAUUUGUUCUCGCUUUUGAUGUUCAAUAUAAUGAUGAGAAUGGUUGCCGGCAAGCCGUGUGUCGGAGAGGAGGCGGCGGCAAGCAUGGAUUUGGGAAAGCAAAAUCUCAAGGAGUUCAAGGAGAAUUACUCUGCAAACUUGUCAAUUAAUAUAUGUGAUUUCUUUCCAGUUUUGAGGUGGGUUGGUUACAAAGGGUUGGAGAAGAGUAUGAUCAUGCUGCAGAGGAAGAGAGACAGAUUCCUCAGGCUUUUGAUAGGAGAGAUUAAGCAAAACAAAGCCAGUUCCUUGAAUAAGAGAACUCUGAUUGAAACUCUUUUGUCUCUUCAUGAAUCAGAACCUGAACUCUGUUCAGAUAAUGUCAUAAAAAGCAUCGUAAUGAUGAUGUUUGUUGCGGGAACAGAUACAACAUCAACAACCAUGGAAUGGGCAAUGUCACUACUUCUGAAUCAUCCAGAGGCAUUGGAGAAGGUUAGAGCUGAGAUUGACAACCAAGUUGGACAUGGGCGCUUGCUAAAUGACCUUGAUCUUCCCAAGCUUCCCUAUCUUCGCUGUGUCAUCAAUGAGGCACUCAGACUAUAUCCUGUAGUGCCACUUUUGUUGCCUCAUUUCUCCUCAAAAGACUGCACUUUGGGGGGAUUUCAUAUACCAGGAGGGACGAUUUUGUUGGUGAAUGCAUGGGGCAUUCAUAGGGAUCCCAAGGUGUGGGAGGAGCCCAACACGUUCAAGCCGGAGAGAUUUGAGGCGUUCGACGGAGAAAAAGAGAGGUUCAAAUUCGUUCCGUUCGGAACGGGAAGGAGGGCGUGCCCCGGCGCCGGCAUGGCCAUGCGGACAAUGUCAUUGGCAUUGGGUACUCUCAUUCAGUGCUUUGAUUGGGAAAGGGUUGGAAAGAAGCUGGUGGACAUGAGCCAAGGCUUGGGAUUUCUUCUGGCAAAGGCUGAGCCUUUGGAGGCUGUCUGUAGUCCACGCCCAUCCAUGAUUAGCAUCCUCUCCCAACUUUGAUUAUACCGUACCCGAGCUGUAAAUAAACAAAGCUACUUGUAAACGUAUUUAGGUUCCGCUCCGUUACGAGUAUAGUGUCCGAACUCGACUCGUUUAACGUUCCGAUUAUAUUGUAAGAUAAACAUCUUUUCUUCUGUCCCUUUCUUUCCUCAACAUGUACCGGUGGUUUCAGUUUUUUUUUAAAAAAUUUGUUUUCUUUUUUCUGUAGGUUCAAUGUACUGAGGUGAGGUUGUAGUACAACUUUCUCUUAUCAAUAUUUGGCUGGAUGUGACAAAAUUUGUGGACAAAAUUUUGGGUUUGAUUCGAUUUUA